CCUCUUCCCUUACCAAACAUCCCUAGGGAAACGGUCAUCAAGAUAAGAAUCGAAAUAUCCAAUGGCCUAGAUUUGAAGAAAAGGUCAAGCGCCAACCCGGGGGAUUUAUUACAAACCGGUCCUCUAGGCGAACGCGUGGCCUGCUAAAAUCACGUGUCAAAUUUCUGUAGCAGUGUACCUUUUCCCUCCUAAAAAUCCGACGGCCCAGAUUCAUUUCCGCCAAGCAUAUCGUUUUAGCGGCGGACCGAAGAGCUUGCACCGUCUUAAUUCUAAACUUGGUUUGAUUUCUUGUCUUUUUACGGUCUCCUCCGAGACCUAUCUCUUUCAUAAACCAAAAAUCUUUACUUGUCUUCGAUCGGAGUUUGGUUCUCUGUUUCCCUGUCUGUCUUAACCUCGACAGAUAUUCUGAAGAUUUCCGGUAUGUUCCGUCUGAAAAUCCUUAUCUGUUGAAGGUUUCUGGGGAAACUAACGAGUAAAUUUUACAGAAACAGAAACGUUUUUUUUUUUUUUUUGAACGAUGCUUUUAAGAAGCGCUUCCACUCCGAUCCUAAAACACCCACAAUCGCCGACGGCGUUGGACGGUGCCGGGAACCUCUUUCUAAACCGACCCAUUUCCUUGACGGCAUCACCCAUCAAUAAACUUGAAAGAACAGCGUCUGAUGGUAACCUGAAGCUACUCACCAUUCCCAGAAGGAGGAAUUUCUGUACGAGUCACGUGGGGUCUCCGGUCGCGGUUAAAGAAGAGGGAAUGGGUGUGUUUGCCUCGAAGGAAGCGGCCGGCGGUGGGAAUGUUGGCGGCGGUGGCUUUAGUAGUGGUAGAGAUGGGUGUGGAGACUGGGGACGAGGAGGGGACAAAGUGGAGGAAUAUUACCAGAUGAUGAUAAAAAUGUAUCCCGGAGACUGCCUUCUUCUCGCCAAUUAUGCCAAAUACUUGAAAGAGGUACGAGGUGAUCUCUUGAAGGCUGAGGAGUAUUGCGCCAGAGCGAUUCUGGCGAAUGCAACUGGGGAUAUUUUGUCGAUGUAUGCAGAACUGAUAUGGAGUAAUCACAAGGAUGGGAAUAGAGCUAAGGCUUAUUUUGAGCAAGCUACAAAAGAUUCCCCUAAUGACUGUAAUGUUCAUGCGGCUUAUGCUCGAUUUCUCUGGGAUGCUGGAGUAGAGGAAGAAGAAGGGGAGGAGGAAUUUCAGUUCCCCAAGCUCUCUACAUUCCCACAAACACAAUUUUCCCACGACCAUUCUGUUACAGCUGCUUCUUGAGUUGGCUGAUCUGAUUGACAAUGGUGGUCGUCUGGCCCGUCUUCAUGUUUUCUCAAAAAAAGAAAAAAAAGAAAAAAAGGGUAAUUUCUAUUUUGUGCAGAGUAAGCAUACUUGGGUUCCAACUUCCAACAAUUUUCUACUAAUGUAAUUUGUCAAAUGUAACUUUCUUUUUUUGGAUAAAAUGCGAAAUUUCAUCUUCUUGCUUCUCUCCAUUUCACGCAAAGAAUUGC